CCCUUGACCUAUGGCCGCAAGAGCUGCAGCAUCACUUGGGAGCUGGUCAUGCCUUGGCGCAACCGGCUUGUUUGUUCUCAGUUGGCCACGGCUUUGGAGGAGGAUAGUGCUGUCCGCCGCCUCGUCAGGGAGACCGGUAAAUUGACCCAGUGGAAAACUCCAGCUUUGGUUGGGGUGGCUUCCACAGAUGCCGCAGCUCUCAACCACAAGGUUACCAUGUUCUACCAAAUGUUGGGGCUUGCCAAUGCCCAUUGCUGCUUCCAAGUUGAUUCGUGGGGGUUGAAACGACUCUACAGUCACAUGAUUCGACGCUGGUUGACUGGUGCUCUGGGACCACGCGAUCUCUCUUUGAAGCCUUUGUGGGACAUCUUCGACCAACACUGGGGCCCUACUGCCAGUCGAGGGGCCGGUACUGAUCUGGUCGAUGAUGAUGCUGAUCGGCAUGCUGCUGCAGCUCCACCUGAGGAAUCAGCGGCUGUGACUGCGGAUGAGAUUUCGUCUACAACCGUUGUGGACGACUCUGUGACCAUGAUGGAUUCCCAACUUGUGCCUGAUGGCCCGGACGACCAACCUAUGCCUUUUGAUGAUUCCAUGGAUGAGCCAAUGGAUGAGGAGGAUGAGGAACUUCUCCCUGAAGAUUCUCAGCCUUUGUUUCCUGAAGAUUCUCAGCCUUUGCCUGAUGAGCCUUUGAUUCCUGAAGAUUCGCAGCCUUUGAUCCCUGAUGAUUCGCAACCUUUGACUGAGACUGUCCUUGAAGAUUCACAGGACCCGGAGCCAAGCCUGGUUGUGGGCGAGGAGUCCAAGCCAGCCAACGGCCCAUGUCCUGUUUGUGGCAAGGUUGGCCCUCAUGAGUGUGCGGAUUCGGACCCGGGGCCAUGCCGUGAUGAGUUGAAUCGUGAAAUGGAUUCCCAACGUGAUGACCUUCGGAAGAAGAUCCAGUUACUGGCGGCAGAGGCCAAGAAAAGGCAGUUGACACGUGGAAAAUCUUCGGUGGCCAUCGAUGCACUUGAGACCCUCCCGAUGGACCUGAACGACGCUGAAACUGCCUACCAUCAAGCUGCUGCAGGGCUCCAUGGUGAAGUGGUGAACCUGGAAUCUGGCUCAUCUGACAGUGAUGGAAAGAAGGAAGAGGCAAGUGCUGGAUCUACAGCUCCCGAAGCCACCGCAAUUGCCGAGUCCAAACCCAAAGAGGAGAACCCACCAGCAACAGCGGUUGAGAAGCCAACGGACAAGACCCAGCUGGACAAGUUCGAGAAAGGGAUCGCCAAGAACAUUGGCAACAAAAACAUGCUGAAUCUCAUGGAGCUGGCAGAUGAGGUGCCCAUUGUUCUUCGCCGUGAGCAGCUUAGCGCACCCUUUCGAGGUGGUGAUGGUGCUGAAACGGAUGAUGAUGUAGAGGGCAAGGGUGAUGAGGUUGAAGAGGGAGAGUACAAGUCUGAAGCAGCCAAGGCCAAGGUUGAUGAGAAAGUGGAGAAAGGUGAGACAUGUAAGGAUACCAAACCCUUGAAGCGCAAGAGCGAGGGUGAUGCUGAAGGUGGUGAUCAAAAACGCAAGGGCAAGAAGUCUGGUGAUGAAGUUGCCACAUUCGCCAGAAGGUACAAGCCGGAGCAUGAACCCUCGGCAACUCGCUUCCAGGCUAUCCGUGACAUCUACCAGAACCACAUUGCCAACCAGUUGGUUCGCCAGUCUUCUUACCAGGACCAAUGGUUCACGCUGUGCACCCGGGCCUUCAAAUCAUCCGAUGCAUCCUCCUAUGUGGAGUACAGUGCCCUGGCGACCGAGAAGAUCUCGGAGUUCAUGGCUAUGGAGACCGCAAAGCCAAGAAGGGUGAUGCCUAGCUUGGAGCCUGUGACGGGCCUCGUGUGA